CAAAAACCCCAACCACCAGUUUUUCCUGGAUGCCUUGCGUGGAAUGAAACGAUUGCGCAGUGUCGUCGUAGACACUGGUCCAAGCGCCGGCUUGCCGUUCUGGGUCCUCGACGCCAUCUUCUCUACGCCACAGGUCCGUUCUGUCCAGUUCGGACCAUCGAUAUGCCUCCAUUUGGAAGAUGACUGCAGUGUUCCAAAACACCUUCGACUCACCGGUCCUGUCGCCUCUUUGAAAUCCUUCCGCAGACCGCUCCGAAGCGGCGCCCCGUACUCACAGAAGCCGGAGGAGGCGGAUUUUCUCUUCUACCUGUUCAAGCAGAUACAUCGCACUAUCGAGGUCGUGGAGAUGCCGAUCGAGACCGCGCCGCUGCGAGCGUUCCGGAGGAGGGACUGGCCAUGUCUACGUGAGCUUGUCCUGCGCGGGGGGCCGCGACGCUCCGCCCGUGCGUUCAUGCUUGAGCACUUGACGCGGAUGCCAAACUUGCGUGUCCUCAAGCUCGAGCUCGCCUACUCUUCCGAAGCGGGGCCACAGCCCAUCAUCCCUCCUGGCUGGACGGGUGGCUGUCCGUGGCCGAACCUGGAGGUCCUGAUGGUUUCGAACCCGCACCCGGAUGACGAGCUGUACGCAAAUUUGCCGGACAGCCUCCAGGAGCUUUCAAUCCGUUGUUACCCUCGACACUAUGUUCUGGAGUGCCCAGAGACCGAGGAGUUUGACGUUAUGGAGAUGAAUCGUUGGGGAUCGUCUCUGCUUACGUCCUCCGAGAUGCUCCGCGUCCUGCGCCGAUGCGGCGUCUCGCUUACUCGCCUCCGGCACCUCGAGGUUGAGCUCGCUGCAUCCUCGGAAGAUACUGGGCUCUUCCGCCACAUCGCGGCUGCGUUUCCGUCACUGGCGUUUCUCCAAAUUCUUCGCUAUUGUACGGAUACGGCGCAAGAUGUGGCUUCUUGGACUGCUCUGGGGGACGCUCUCGCACCGUUGACAAAGCUGCGUCUACUUCGAUUCGAUCUGGACCUGAAAGAAGACGUCGACGGCACGCCAACAUUCGAAGAGGCGCUUACCGCACUUUCGCGGCCUCUCAGCCCCACCGUCCAAUUCAUAUGUCCGAUGAUCAUACAAGAAGGGUUCAUCGAAUGGGCGCCGUAUCGUAUCGUUCGCAACUGCGCAAGUGGUGAAGCAUUUCGAGUCCAGUAUGCAUCGCAGUAUGAGCGCAUCGAUGGGUACAGCACCUUUGACGCAUGUAGUCCCGUACUCUAUCGUCGAAGACGUUAGCAUGUGGGUGAAGGUUAAACGGAGUGUAUUUUAUUGGAUCGAGACAGAUCUUCGCACUAUAGCAUCAACACGCUCGAUGAUUAGCUUGUUUAUGAGAGCCUCGGAUUCGUUAGCAAGAAAUUGGGCAAUAGAAAUUGUCAUCGGC